GUGACGGGUUUUGUCACUCGAUGUCGAUCCUCGAGAAAAAGUGGUCGCAGACGGCAAAGAUCAACGCCUACGCAGCUGCUUGAAGCAGUUUUGAACGGUCCGCCGCCGCUGCGCGACCGGUGGCCACAGAGGAGACGUCAAAGAGCAUCUCUGAGGAGCAGCCAUACAGAGAGCACUGAGCCAUGAUACUCCUUACCGCACUGCUGCUGGCACGCCUCGAGGCCUACACGCCACAACAGAACCGCAAACACAUCACAGCACUGCAAGCAAAAAGGCCCUUCGUCCACGUGCCCUACGGCCAGGACGCGCCCUCGGACGUGAAGACGCUCGCCUGCGACGGCCGCGUCCCCAAGGCCACGCUCGACCUGAGCCACUGGACGGACAACACCACGCCCCAGGAUCUGUAUGCCGACACGUCGACCGAGAUCGCCCUGAACCUCGCUCGAAGUUCAGAGUACGGAGAGUACGACACUGCCACAGUCGUCAACAACCACUUCGACGUCGACGGCGUGCUGUCGGCCUGGGCGGCGACGGAUCCUGAGAGUGCGUUGCCGCACUUUCAAUUAUUGUGUGACGCGGCGGCGUGCGGGGAUUUUGGCGAAUGGCCUUCCGACGAAGGCGUGAAGCUGUGUUAUGCCGUGGCGGAAUUGGAGGAUCCGUCCGCCGACGACGGAGGCUACGCUUCCGCACUGAAAAAGCUCCCCGACGUCGUGCAGAAUUUAGCUGAGUACGAGCACUUGUGGGGCCCGGGCUUCGCUAGUGUUUGUGAUGAUUAUGAUGACAUGGCGGAGGGAUUCGGCGAGGUCUCGGAAGGUGCCGGUGAUAUCGCGCUGGUCAUGGAGCCUCCUGGUAGGAGGGCGCGAUCACCGGUAUCGAUUCGGCGUCCGGGGGCCUUCGACUCACGACGGUGCGACGCCAUCGAUGCGGUCCCGCGCAGGCGGUGGACCGCCAGCUUAGGGAAGCGGGCAUAACGCCGACGCGGUUAUUGCGGGCGUCGUUCUUCUGCGGCGCCUGGAUGUACGAGUACGAGCUCGUGGGCCACGGCUGGGUCAAGCGGUUGAGAGAUAGACGCCUCGCGCCUCCUAUAAAUGUGGACGCGGUCGUCUCAGCAUUGGGCAAGCCGUGGGCGCCGGGCGGGCGGGCAGGCCUAUGCAAGGCCUGCCGGACGGCCGAGGCCGUUCCUCACGAGCCUCAGGCCAUGCUCGAGUUGCUACUGGAGGCAGAUCUGGGUGCAUCAUAAAUCUAUUUACACUUC